CAAUUGAAGCAUUUCGAUGGUGAACUUUAGACUUGAGUUUUCAUUGAAAAAACCUGUUUUUCUUGCGCGGGGCGUAGCUGCAAAAGUAGACCAAUGAAACUCCCGUUUAGGAUCCCGCCUCCCCCAAACGUGUUUUUUAUUUCUGCAUUCGUUUUCAACAGAGAGAGAGAAAGGGCAUCCUGUGGCCAUUUGUUUAACGCGGAGUCGAACGAACGACGGUGCGCAAAGCAGACCGAAUGGCCACUGAGAAUGACUGCGCUGUCCUGCAAGCCAUCUUCAACCCCAACACACCUUUUGGGGACAUACCUGGCCUGGAUUACCCGCACGAAGUGAAAAAUAACGAAGACUCUGGCCUUGACCCAGCCCUGCUUGCGGAGGCCAAGGCGCUGGAGAUGCAGGGUGUGGCUUGUGCGGAGGACGCAGACCUGGACCGAGCGGUCCACCUCUUCGACAGGGCCAUUGAGCUGCUGCCCCAGAGACCCUCGGCCUACAACAACCGAGCGCAGGCCCUGCGCCUGCAGGGAGACACUGAAGGAGCACUGGCGGACCUGGACAGGGCCAUCUCUCUGGGCACCGGAACGGGCCACUCAGCGUGUCAGGCCCUGGUGCAGCGAGGCCUCAUCCGCAGGCUGCAGGACCGCAAUGACGAGGCCGUCCAAGACUUCCAGCUCGCCUCGGCGCUUGGCAGCGCCUUUGCACGGCAGCAGCUGGUGCAGCUCAACCCUUACGCCGCACUCUGCAACCGCAUGCUGGCGCAGGUCAUCGGCCAGAUGAGGAACCCCGAGCCAAACCUGGAUGCGCCCAUCGACCAUUAAAAAAAAUCGUAAUAAGCGAAGCAACCAGCCACCAAUAAUAGCUCCUCACAUGGGAUUGGAGGACUCCCUACCCUGACCAUGUGAAGUAUGUUGAUCAUUAUUAGGAUUUACAAUCCUUGAAAAUUCCAAACUGAAUGUGCAGAAGUUCUCGUUUACAUACCAAAUUUGUUCAGUUUGAAGCUAGUUUAAUUCCAAAGCGAUGUAGUAAUGUGAUCCCAACUUGGAAAGAGAUUGACAGUUAAAUUAAUGCUCGCAAUGUUUCACUUCCACUUCUUGAAGGGUUAAUUUAAACAGAGGUAAUCGAUCUAAAUGUUAGACAGCUACAUUUAACUAUUUUUAGGUGGGGUUGAUUUCUUUUUUUAUUUUAAAUUAACCCAGAAUUAAUACAUUGUUGAAACAUUGGUCGAGAUUGCAUUUUUCACGCACUGAAACACCUAAAAUAGCCAUUGCUUCUUAGGCAAAUUAGUGCUGUAUGUAUUAACAUGGCAAAGUGAAGUCUAUUUGUGUCCCCAUCUUGGGUAACACCUAACCCAUUCGAUGUGUUAUGCCACACGUUGUAUUGGGAAAUUAAAGUUGCGUAGCAGAUUAAAAAACAACCGAAUGAAAGUUUCAAAUUUAGUCCAAUUGUCAGCUAUCGCACCGCGAGUGUCUUCCAUGGCAGGCACCGUAUAAACUCAAUACUGUGCUUUUACAAUACAGGGACUCCUACUUUCGAACAAGAUAGCUUCCAGAGGUCUGUUCGCAAGUCGAUUUUUCGUCAGUCCAACUUUACGCCUGUCGACUCCAAAUAUAUUGUACAGCGUGUACACUAAACACGUAGAUGUAGAUGCCACUGGUUCUUCAUGUUCUACAGAUGUAGAUGCCACCACCAUCUAUUGCGUGGCGGCUGAACAUACGACUCGGUCUGAACAGGCAACCGGACAUACAGACACGUUUGUUCGUAUCUCUGAACGUUCGUAAGUCGAAUGUUAAUAAGUCCCUGUAUUCGAAAAGCAGUUGGUGAAUCGAGCACAACUUUUAAGUUGCCUAUUUAUUGCUUUCCCAUGGGUUUCCACUAUUCAAAAAACGUUAAAUUAUCGUGGACCUUGUUAUUCAAUGUACUAUUUCAAAACAUCUCCAGGUGCCUCUGUUGAUGUGUAAGCUUUGACUUGAACAUAGCUAUUUCUGUGACCAGUCACAAGCUAAUCCCUCAGCUAUUUCAAUGCUAAAUUCUCCUGUUUUAUAUGUAAACUCCUUUGUCAAGGCGCUUCACUUCUCUCACCCAGCUUAAAAGACGCUGCGAAUCUUAGCAGCGUUCAUUCAAGCUCUGUCGUCCCGACAGUUUUGUACCUUAACCUGAAGAAGGCUACUUGUGUUGUGGCCGAAACGUCGUGAGAAUUUUCUUGUCUUAUGUUAUUAUUUUAUUAUCAUUCUACGUGACUUUACCGAAAGAACCAAAGAAGAUGAAUCCUUGCAGUCACGAAAGUUUUAAAUCGAAAUCUCCAGUAGGUGGCGCAUUUUGUAUUGGCUGUAAGGGGUCGGUGACCUGCGUGCUCCGGAGCCACGAGGCUCUUUGAAGGACUGCGUUUGUGACGAAUUCGAUUUUUUUCUCUUCUCGUUAUUUUGUUUGCCGACCCCUGGGCUGCACGAAUACCCGAGUGGGCCAAAGGUGAUCACUUGUAAGAUAACUCUGUGACCCAGUUGAACUUGAAGCUAAAAUCUGAAACAAUAAAGGUGGCACAUUACUUCA